AUGAAAUUCACUUUUGGAUUACUUUCAGUCGUGGCAACUAUCCUCAGCACCCCGACUGUCACAGCUGUCCCUACUCAUGGGCUUCAUCGAGGCUAUUUCGGUAGACCUGGCUAUGGCGCCGGGUACGGGGGUGCCUAUGGCACCGGGUAUGGGGGUGGAUAUGGUGGAUAUGGUGGAGGGUACGGUGGAGGUUAUGGGCGAGGAUAUGGGGGUUAUGGUGGAGGCUAUGGUGGGGGGUACGGUGGAGGGUAUGGUGGAGGAGGUGGUGGACUAGGCUUAGGGUUUGGCCUUGGUGUAGGCGUCGGUAUUGGUAUUUAA